UCCAGUCUACUUCAUCAGCCAUAUUGAAUUUUGUUGUGCUUCGAAAACAUUGUGAGCACGUGGAUUGUUGGAUAAAAUUUAGUGAAAUUUGGUAGUAAUAUCAGUUAACUUAUCUUUUCGGCUUGUUUUCAUUACAUCAUUUAAAAAGUGGGAACUUUCUUUCUUAGAAAUUAAUAUUGUUUAUAAAAGUGGCUCAUUACAAUGGCCCCUUGUCGUCAGUUACUUAUGUGGUCAGUCCCAUCCAUAGCAGUUUUAUUGGGAAUUUUUUGGUUCAGAAAAAAGCGAGAGUAUGCAAAAUCUGACCCUGGUGGAAGAGAAAGAAUAAAAAGCUUAAAAGAGGAGCUUGCAGAGGCCCUGAUUGCUCAAGCUGAAGCUCAAAAGUCUUCUCCAUUGGGCAAAGCAGAGCGAUCUAUCAUUAAAUCAGCCCCCAUUGACAUUAUACCGAAUGGAAGUAAUUCCCAGAGGUCUUCCCCAUUAGAGUUGACAGAUGAAGAAGUUGAUAUUGAAAUUGAAAAAAUUAUUAGGAAAAAGUCAAUUGAAAAGGAGAAGCGAAUGUCAGCUGGUUUUGACAAGUUGACCUCUAUGAGUGUAUACUCUAAAGAACCAUCAUUUCAAGUUAAACAAAAAUCAACUAAAAACAUGUGCUCUACACUCCCAAAUGUAGCCACUUGUUAUAAAAGUAAUGUAGAUCAUUCCCCAGUAGUAAUCAGGGCAAGCGAUACAAAUAUUGUACAUUCACAGGAAAUGCCUGGAAAAUCAGGAGACACUAUUCUCCAGGAAGAAAGUUCAAAAUUGGAAAAAGUGGCAUCAGAGGUUAAUACAACUGAAGAUAGCACUGUGGGUGACAUGGAAGAUUCAAAUAAUAAUAAUAAUGUAAAUGUAGUUGAUGAACCUAGUGAUAAUACUGGAAGUGAUAACAGAUUUUCCACAGCACAACGUAGACGUAUCUCAGAAAGAGAUUCUGCUAAUCAUAGUCCUGUGGACCCUAUAUUAGCUAGUCCAUCAAUGUGCCACUUCUCUGAUAAUCAUAGUGAGGGCUCAAGCGACAGUGGCAAAGGCUGCUCUGAAGCGGCCAGUCCUCCUCCAGCUACUCUAAAUAUGAUUCCUUCUGAAACUGCUCUUAGAAUACAUCAAUUUGUUAUACCCCAAACUCUUGUAGGACUUUUAAUAGGGAAACAGGGGUCCUUUGUAAUCCAAAUAAAAGCUAAAACAGGUGCAAGUGUAUAUGUUAGAAGACAUCCUGACUCUAUCAAAUUAAAAAUUUGUGCCGUUGAAGGAACUCAGAGUGAAAUUGAAGCGGCUUUAGAAAUGAUCAAGGAAAAGUUCCCUGAAAAGAAAUUCCCCAACUUUUCCUUGCAAGAAAUUAGUGCAGAAUUAUAUCAAAGACUAGUACCACUAGUGCCAGAGUUUCUACAACUUGUGGAAUCUGUGAAUAAUGAUACGAUAAUGACGUGUCUAGUGAGCGCAGGACACUUCUUCCUACAACAGCCCCUUCACCCAACUUUCCCAUCUCUACAUGCCCUGCACCGUCUCAUGGCAGCAACUUAUCAGAACCCAGAAGUACCAUCUCUACCAAGACCUGUUAAAGAGGGUUCAAUUUGUGCUGCACCAACUGAAAAUAACUGGUAUCGCGCACAAGUGAUAUCAACGUCAGAAGAGACUGACACGUCAGUCGUAAAAUUGGUUGACUUCGGCGGUUAUCUGACUGUGGACAAUGACCAACUUAAACAGAUCCGCUCAGAUUUUAUGACAUUACCUUUCCAAGCAACAGAAGCCUUACUUGCUUUUGUAAAACCAGCAAACAAUGAAACAGAGUGGAGUGGCGAGGCCCUUCGGAUCAUGGCUGGACUGACAGCAGGGCAGUUACUACAUGCACAAGUUGCCGGCUAUGAUGAGGCUGGCCUCCCUCUCGUACAUCUCUACCUCACUCUACAUCCUCAGCAAGUAAUAUUCCUAAAUAGAGAAUUAGUGGACCGCGGCUUGGCGGAAUGGGAUAUUCCUCCAGAUUCGUGAGCUCGGCGCAUUCAAACCGGCAGUACACGCCGCGCCUAGCGGCUCCACUACUUACGUGUUAAAUACUGUAAUGACGCUGAUUACUUUUAUGGUAUUGCAUUUUAUUUGACACAAUGUACAUAAUUUUUACAUUUGAGACUCAAUCACUUGCUGGCUACUAUAGAGAAAGGAGCUAGGUCUCUCAUUGUGAGUUGUUUUCUGUAGUCUCACGUUUUAUUUAUAUGACUUGUGACACGUAGCUUAUAAAUUAAUAAAUGUUUCCCUUCUACUUCUUAUUUCAGUUCUUAGUUAUGUAUAAGUUUUAAUGAUAGGUACGGUAUUGACGCGUUCUUGUUUUCCUACUACUGUAAUUUCUAAACAGCCUAGAAUGAUUCAUAUAAUCACUGAUCUUUAAAUAAACUAUUUGGCUAACUAAACUCCCGCGACAGGAACAUAUAAAAUACAUUACGCUUAUAAAAAGAUUAUAGAAAUCGUAGUGUAUGUGCUACAAGUGUUACGUAGAUUAAAUAUUAAGCACAUUCAUAUUGGAUUAAGAUGUACCUUGAAGGGUAACUGAUUCUAUAUUUUUAAAUAUAAAAUAGUGAAGUUGUUGAUUAAAGUUCAGGAUGCUCAUUAUAACCGAAGAUCUAUUAUUUUGCCUUGUGCAAAUGUAGCAGCAUUCAUUAAUGAAGCUUGGUAUAAAUCAUUUCAAUAAUGAUUUCGGCUAUAUGCCAAAUAAAUGUGCCUUUAAAUUUCUGCAGCUAAAAUUUUCAAUUGUGUACUUACAUAAAAUAAUAUUUGUCACAAGUAUAAUGUUUUAUUGACCUAAUUGAUUCAUUUAAAUAUUUAAUUGGUUGUGACAAAAUAGUAUUUUAUGAAUAUUUCAUAAAAUGGUAAAUCCAACUCCAAUUAUUUACUAUUUGCGGAAGACUGAAAAUGUAUAGUUAUGUACAGUUAAUGCUAUGUGUAAAAUAUGUGUAAAAAGUACAAUAUUGUGUGCCCGAUUACUGGUAUGAGGGUUUGAGUUUACCUGAUAAUUUUUGUCCAAUUCUUUAACAAGAUGAAUAGAAUUGUGCAGUGAACUUAUAAAAAUUACAGCUUUGCUACAACUGAAAGUCACCUUCAGUAGAACAUUGAAAACACUGCACCUUCUAAACAGCUUGUUAAAUAAAUGCUUUGCUGUCAGUACGUGUAUUUCUUUUCUUUCAGAUGGCACUAAAGAAUCGGCAUUAGCAUUCAUGUUAAACCGAGGACUAAAGCUAAUGAAGCUUUGUGGUAAUUCUUUGAAAUCGUUGACUUAUAAUGAGCACAUUUAUCAUCCUGACUUAUUAAUAUAGUUUUAUCAGUGUACAUAAUAGAUUUAGUGUGAUAAAAAGCAAUUUGAUAUUUCAUUGUUGUAGGUAGUGAAUCCAGUAUUUUAAUACAUAAUAUGUUGAGAAAUAGUGUUGGUUUCUAGUGAUAUGUCGUGUAUGAGUAUGCGUAUUAUGUAGUAAAUUUUUAUAUAGAGCCCUAUCGGAAAUAUGUUAAUGUUUAUUUGCAGAACUUUCUGUGAGAAGGUAUUUAGAUAUGUAACGAAAAUGUUCUAAACUUAUACUUAAUAUAUAUUGGUAAAUAUAAUAUAUUUACUAAACAUUAACACAUUUACUUUUGGCUCUACUGUUUUUAAAGCUUUUCUGGGAAGUUUAGUAUGAUAACUUUUAUCUCCAUUUUACAGCUGCGAGUCUUCUGAUUAGAUUAGAAUGGGAUACCACGCUAAAAGCGGUAUCCGGAAAAUCCUCUUCUUCCUUCUAUUACUUUAGUUAUGAUGAUCGAUGAUAGUAAUCAGUUUGUGUACUUACUGAUUAUAAAACGGAUGGUUUGCAUUUUGUUUACGUCACUGUAUAUAACUAAUAUAAUGCGGUUAAUUUAAUACAUUGUUUUAAAAAUUA